CUAACAGCAAGCCUUUUUCUCAAGCGUCAGGCAGUUACCACAGGCCGAGAGUGGAGCAGAUGUGCCGAGGACCUCCACACAUCCACCUACAGCCCAGCUCUCCUACUGUGAAAGAAAGAAAAUAAGGCCAGGCUAUCUUGAGCAGUCAUGUCAGCCAAAGCCAUCUCAGAGCAGACAGGAAAGGAGUACCUCUACAAGUACAUCUGUACGUCGACGCCAGUCCAGAACAGGUUCUGCUACGCCAAUGUGACAGCUGAAACUGACUUUCAGCGGCUGACGCAGGAUCACCCAUGGCUGCUCACAGAGAGGCUGGUGGUGAAGCCGGACCAGCUGAUUAAGAGGAGAGGCAAGCUCGGUCUGUUUGGCGUCAAUCUGGACCUGAAUGGGGUCAAAGAGUGGCUCAAGCCCCACCUUAUGAAAGAGACGAUGGUGGGAAAAGCUAAAGGCACUCUCAAAAACUUCCUUAUAGAGCUAUUUGUCCCUCAUCAAGAGGAGGAGGAGUUCUACGUGUGCAUAUAUGCCGCUCGGGAGGGGGACUACGUGCUAUUUCACCACGAGGGUGGGGUGGAUGUCGGAGACGUAGACGCCAAGGUGCAGAAGCUGCUAAUUGGGGUGGAUGAAAAGAUCAGUGAAGAUCAGGUGAAGAAAGAACUGCUAACUAAGGGUCCCAAUGACAAGAAGGCUGUUCUUGCCAGCUUCAUCGUCGGACUCUUUAACCUGUAUGAGAACCUCUUCUUCACGUACUUGGAGAUCAACCCUCUGGUGGUGACAAAAGAUGGAGUGUAUGUGCUGGACAUGGCAGCGAAGAUCGACGCAACUGCUGAUUACAUUUGCAAAUCCAAGUGGGGUGACGUGGAGUUCCCUCCGCCCUUCGGCAGGGAGGCAUACCCUGAGGAAGCCUACAUUGCUGAUCUUGAUGCAAAGAGUGGUGCCAGUCUCAAACUGACUCUGCUGAAUCCUCGAGGCAGAAUUUGGACCAUGGUGGCAGGAGGAGGUGCCUCAGUCGUGUACAGCGAUACAAUCUGUGACCUGGGUGGGGUCAAUGAGCUGGCCAAUUAUGGCGAGUAUUCAGGAGCACCGAGCGAACAGCAGACCUACGACUAUGCAAAGACCAUCCUGUCUCUGAUGACAAGAGAAAAGCACUCUGAUGGGAAGGUUUUGAUUGUUGGUGGAAGCAUUGCAAACUUCACAAACGUAGCGACAACAUUUAAGGGAAUUGUUCAAGCUAUUAAAGACUAUCAGGGACCACUGAAGGAGCAUGAAGUCACUAUAUUUGUUCGUCGUGGAGGCCCCAACUACCAGGAGGGUCUCAGAGUGAUGGGAGAAGUUGGAAAAACCACCGGGAUCCCGAUUCAUGUCUUUGGCACAGAAACCCACAUGACUGCCAUUGUUGGCAUGGCUCUGGGUCAUCGGCCAAUUCCCAACCAACCUCCUGUUGCUGCCCACACCGCCAACUUCCUCCUCAACUCCAGCAGCAGCACAUCGACUCCAACAUCCAGGAGAAAAGGCCCUUCUGAAAACAAAGCUAAGGUUCAGGGUUCGCCAGCCAAGAAGGUGAAAGCUGGAGCUCCUGUUACUAAGGCCUUUACCCUCUUCACCAAACACACAAAAGCUCUGGUGUGGGGUAUGCAGACUCGAGCAGUGCAGGGCAUGCUGGACUUUGACUACAUUUGCUCCAGAGAUGAGCCAUCUGUUUCCGCCCUGAUCUACCCUUUCACUGGCGACCACAAACAGAAAUUCUAUUGGGGCCAUAAGGAGAUCCUCAUCCCAGUGUAUAAAAACAUGAGCGAUGCCAUGAAGAAGCACCCCGAUGUGGAUGUGCUCAUCACUUUUGCCUCUUUGUGCUCAGCUUUUGAAAGCACCAUGGAGACCAUGCAGGUAAACGCUAUUCGAACCAUUGUCAUUAUUGCCGAGGGAAUCCCUGAAGCACACACGAGGAAGAUUAUUAAAGCUGCAGAUGAGAAGGGUGUCACCCUCAUUGGCCCUGCCACAGUUGGAGGGAUAAAGCCUGGCUGCUUCAAGAUUGGUAACACUGGGGGCAUGCUGGACAAUAUUCUCGCCUCCAAGCUUUACCGUCCGGGUAGUGUGGCCUACGUAUCCCGCUCAGGCGGCAUGUCCAAUGAACUCAACAACAUCAUCUCCUGCAAUACUGAUGGUGUUUUUGAGGGAGUGGCCAUCGGUGGGGACAGAUAUCCAGGCUCUGUGUUUACUGACCAUGUUCUGCACUACCAAGACACUCCUGGAGUGAAGAUGAUUAUUGUACUUGGAGAGAUUGGUGGGACAGAAGAAUACAAGAUUUGCCAGGCUAUUAAACAAGGCCAAAUCACCAAGCCAGUAGUGUGCUGGUGUAUUGGUACCUGUGCCACCAUGUUCUCCUCAAAGGUACAGUUUGGCCAUGCAGGAGCAUGUGCCAACCAGGCCUCUGAAACAGCUGUGGCCAAGAACAAGGCACUAAAAGAGGCUGGUGCACACGUUCCCAGGAGCUUUGAUGAGCUGGGAGAGAUUAUCAAAUUUGUGUAUGAUGACCUUGUUUCCAAAGGAGUAAUCCAGCCAGCUGAAGAGGUGCCUCCUCCUACUGUACCAAUGGAUUACUCCUGGGCACGAUAUUUGUUUUUUUCUGUUUGUGAUGAGAGAGGCCAGGAGCUCCUCUAUGCUGGCAUGCCCAUCACUGAGGUCUUCAAGACAGAAAUUGGCCUGGGAGGAACUCUGGGCCUUCUGUGGUUUCAGCGGAAGCUCCCAAAGUACGCCUGCCAGUUCAUUGAGAUGUGCCUGAUGGUAACUGCAGAUCAUGGCCCUGAUGUUUCUGGUGCACACAACACUAUUGUCUGUGCUCGAGCUGGCAAAGAUUUACUCUCCAGCCUCACAUCUGGCCUUCUCACCAUUGGCGACAGAUUUGGAGGAGCUCUGGAUGCUGCUGCAAAGCAGUUCAGCCAUGCAUUUGAUAGCGGCAUGUUGCCCAUGGAGUUUGUCAACAAGAUGAAGAAGGAUGGAAAGCUGAUCAUGGGCAUUGGACACAGAGUUAAGUCGAUAAACAAUCCUGACAUGAGAGUCCAGAUCUUAAAGGACUUUGUGAAGCAGAGAUUUCCUGCGUCACAAUUGCUGGACUAUGCUUUAGAAGUGGAGAAGAUCACCACUUCAAAAAAGCCCAACCUGAUCUUGAAUGUGGAUGGUCUAAUUGGUGUGGCGUUUGUGGACUUGCUCAGAACUUGUGGAGUAUUUACAAGAGAUGAGGCAGAUGAGUUUGUUGAAAUCGGUGCCCUAAAUGGGAUCUUUGUCUUGGGACGCAGCAUGGGAUUUAUUGGACACUACCUGGACCAGAAGAGGCUAAAGCAGGGUCUGUAUCGCCACCCCUGGGAUGAUAUCUCCUAUGUAUUGCCAGAGCACAUGUCAAUGUAAUCAAAUAAUUAAGAAUAAAGUGUGAAAUGCCAUUUUUUAGUUCCACACUGUGAUCUGCCACUUCAGAAUCUAGUGACAAUAUAUUAAGGGAACAUGUUACGCAUAUUAUAGCUAUAAAUGUUAGACACUGAGAAGACAUUUCAGAGUACAUUUUUAGUUUUUAAAGUCAGUCACUGCAGCAGCUUUAUGAGUAUUACUAAAACCUGCUUAAAUGUUCUGCUUCAAGGUCUGUCAAUGUGCUGCAGAGAUGCAAUGAGUUCAGAUAUGCAUGUUAUCAUUUACCUGGUAACCACAACUACCAGUCACAAUCAGUGAAUUGCUGUAAUUUAGCUGAAAAUAUACAUUUAACUUAUUUACGAAGUCUGGAUACUGUAUACUCCUGUGUAAUUCUUACUCUCAUCACUGUGCCAUCUGAAAAUUACAAAGUGAAAGUUUAGUGCAAUAAUACAGAU